AUGCAAGAUACUGAAAAGUUACUAAGACCUAGAACAGCAGCAGGGAAAGCAGUAACCAAUGUGUGGUCAAAAAUGAAUUGGGAAGACUGGACAGCAGAGACAGCAGUCACAUCCUCCCAACUAGACGCACCUGGCACAUCCUCACAAAACACAACAACUCCCUCCAGUGAGUCAUCACUUAGCAGCCUCAAGGAUGAUGAGAGAGACAAUAAUGUCCCAUUCCCAGAACUAGAAGUCCUGGAGCUAGAAGUCCUGGAGCUAGAUUUAGAGAUACCUUGGCCUGAAUUCAAGCCCAGACCUCGUCACUCAAAGACAGAACCACUCUCAUCAGUCACAGCAGCACCAGACUAUGAACUCGGCAAAUUCUUUGAGCUCGCAUUCAACACACAUCCAAAGGUCAUCAUGCCCAUGGAAACUCCUCAAAUAUUUCAUGCGAUGAGACAACAGUCCAUAACUGCGAAUGGAGACAAACUAGAAGUGUUUGGAGAUUAUUUGGGCACCAGUUCACAGGCAGAGGCUUGGUUCCAAGUGCUACCAAUCAUGAAUAGAGCCAUGUGGAUCCUGUUUGUUACAGCAUUUGAAGCAUGCUGGCCACCAGUUAAAAUUGCAGAGAAGACAAAAGCAGAAUAUGAGAAAGAGUUGUUAGAUCACAAGUUACAGCACACGGAGGUCGGGAAGAAGACGACGUUGUAUGACUGCGAAUGCUGGAUGCAUGUAGCAUGGGCUGUGAAGACAUUACAGCUGGCCACAAGCAUGGGAAUCACGCAGAGCACCUUGAUGAUCUGGCAAGUGCACAGCACAUUGCCAGACAUAGUCAAGGACUUGCUUAAGGAUGAAGAAUACACAGAUUGGACAGAAUUCAUGAAGGCAGUCACAGAACUUAAAGGGAGCAGAUUAGUAGAGAAACAAGAACAACACAAUCAACAAACGCAAGAAUUAAAUGCCCUGAAAACAGACCUCACACGCAUUUGUCAAUGA